CUCAAAUCUACACACUUCCACCACCUACAACCUUCAAGAAGAAUACUUUCUUAAAGUGGAAAACCAAAAUGGUUUCUCAGACACUUUUGGUUAUGUCACUAAUUCCUUUUCUUGGUUUAAACAUAUUUCUUGUGGCACACGCUAACUAUCUCAACCAAGACAUUGACAUAACAUGGGGUGAUGGUCGAGGAAACUUUCUGAACAAUGGUACUCUUCUGAACCUCUCUCUUGAUCAAUUUUCAGGGUCAGGGUUUCAAUCGAAAGCCGAGUAUUUGUACGGAAAAGUCGACAUGCAGAUCAAACUUGUCCCGGGAAAUUCUGCCGGGACCGUGACAACCUUCUACUUGAAGUCUCAAGGAUUAACAUGGGACGAGAUAGAUUUCGAGUUUUUGGGAAAUCUUAGUGGAGAUCCAUACAUACUUCACACUAAUGUUUACACUCAAGGCAAAGGUGAUAGAGAGCAACAAUUCUACCUUUGGUUCGAUCCCACUGCUGAGUUCCACAACUAUUCUAUUCUUUGGAAUCCGAGUCACAUAGUGUUCUACGUUGAUGGGAAACCAAUUAGAGAAUUCAAGAAUCUAGAAGCAAUGGGUGUGGCUUACCCAAAGAGCCAACCCAUGAGAAUGUAUGGUAGUUUAUGGAACGCAGAUGAUUGGGCCACUAGGGGAGGCUUGGUCAAGACGAACUGGUCGCAAGGACCAUUCGUAGCCUCGUUCAUGAACUACAACUCCGACAAUUCUUGUGUCUGGUCUAUUGAUAAUGGAACCACAACUAGUACCCCUUGUAGUCCCGGUGGAUCGUCCUCUUCUUCUUCUUCUUCCAGCAGUACUAACGAGUGGUUUUCACAGACACGGAUGGACUCUUCGAGCCGGAAAAUUCUCAAAUGGGUUCAGAAGAAGUUCAUGGUUUACAAUUAUUGUAAGGAUAAGAAACGGUUCUGGCAGGGUUUGCCUGUCGAAUGCAGUGUCACGAAAAAUAACAAAAACAAGAACAAGAACAAGUACAAAACAAGAACUUAAGAUCUUCAGAUUCUUGUCAGUUUUUUUUUUUUUAAAAUGAUUUAAUCAAUUUGAGGUCUUGGUUUCUGUUAAGAUCAUUUGUUGUGUUCAUGUUGUGUGGUAAAUGAUGGAAUGAGAACUUCUUUGAUGA